AUGCUGGGCCCCCGCGGCGUGACGCGAGCACGGCAGCUCCGCCCCCUGCGUCUCUGGCCUCGCCGGCCUUGGGGGGAUGGUUCCAUCAUGGCGUCAAUGCAGAAACGACUGCAGAAAGAACUGUUGGCUUUGCAAAAUGACCCACCUCCCGGAAUGACUUUAAAUGAAAAGAGUGUUCAGAAUUCAAUUACACAGUGGAUUGUAGACAUGGAAGGUGCACCAGGUACCUUAUAUGAAGGGGAAAAGUUUCAACUUCUAUUUAAGUUUAGUAGUCGAUAUCCUUUUGACUCUCCUCAGGUCAUGUUUACUGGUGAAAAUAUUCCCGUUCAUCCUCAUGUUUAUAGCAAUGGUCAUAUCUGUUUAUCCAUUCUAACAGAAGACUGGUCCCCAGCGCUCUCAGUCCAGUCAGUUUGUCUUAGCAUUAUUAGCAUGCUUUCCAGCUGCAAAGAAAAGAGACGACCACCAGAUAAUUCUUUUUAUGUUCGAACAUGUAACAAGAAUCCAAAGAAAACAAAAUGGUGGUAUCAUGAUGAUACUUGUUGAUGCCACUGUUAUCAUCCUCCUAGCAGAAGAUAGUCCUACUGAGAAAAUGAGCACUUUGAUCAUUCAGUCUUUGAACUUUAACCUUUGACUGGAAGUGACCUAUAGGCAAUGAAGACUACUUCCUUUUACUGCAUUUUUACUCGUGUGCAUUCUGGGCGCAUGUUGAUCGCUGGUUCAGUCCAGGCAACUGACAUGCUUUUAUUAGUCAUACAGUAUUAAUGCAGGUGUCAGGAAAUGUCAAUAUAAUUCCAUUUUUUAUUUUUAUUUUUUUAAGCUUUUGGAAAAGUUCCAGGUCCUCAUGUAUUGUGCAAUAACAAUGACUUCCUUGGCGGUUUUGGGACGUUCAUUGCCGGCAAUGGACGUUUAAUAGGAAAAAUUUUCAUUAAUUCCUGCCACCCAAUAAUUAAUGCAUGAUAGGGCCUAUGAAAUGAAUUUAUUGGUUAUAGUGGGAUUAUAAAUAAAGUGAGGGAUCCAACAUUACUUUGAAAGUCACCCCAACUGUUUAUAUUUGGGUUCUAUGCACUGUGAUCCUAAGGUUAACAGCAUGAAUUAACAUGCGUCUUUAAAGGACUAUAAUGAAAGAUCAUUGCGUAUUUAUUGAAUUGUUUAUAUCUGCUGUCAAAUUGUUUUGACAUGGAAGGUUUUCAAGUAACAUUGGCAGAGAGGUACAAUAUUGUUAUCCCUAUGGUGAAAAUAAAUUCAUUUGUUGUAUAUAGUUCCUCAAUCUCAGAAGUAAAGGUAUGAGUAAUCUAGGGUAUGAAUGGUUGAAUCAAGGCUUGAUUUUGGAAGUAAGAACAAUGGCAGUGAUGAUGAAACUGCUGCAGUCCUUAAUCGGGGCUUGUUUGUACAGUAACGAUAUUUCCAAGUAGAUUACACUCUGUUACUUCCUGCUAGCCAUCAGCAUGAGCCCUACUGCCUAAACACUAUUUCAUUUAUUUAUGUUUGGAAAAUCCAUAAAGAGUUUUCGUUUGCAAUUUUGUUUCUUUUGUUAUGUUUUAAGUCAAGUUUGAAUGUUACAGUACUUCAAUUGAAAAGCUUUUGUCAAGUUUUUUCUUGUAAUUUUUUCUUUACUUGUAAGUAUCAUUUUGUCCUUUAAUCCUGUACCCUAAAAUAAGAAAUACAUUUUUGACAGAGGCUUAAUGUUUUAACAAAAGAGUGUGGACAUUUUUAUUUUAAAAUUUAGGCAAAAGUACACUAUAGAAUGGUAUGUUUUCUUAUUUGUCUCACACAACCAUACAGUUUUUCCUGGAGGGAUUUGUUUUAUUUUGUUUUCUUGUUGUUUGAAAGACUUUGCUUACAGCUAGGUAAAAUUUUUCUAUAGAAAAAAAUUGUUGAAACGUCCAAUUCUCAGUACCAUGUAAGUUAAUGAUACUGCAACUAGGUUCUCUUUUUAAAAAGCAAUUAUGUAUUUUAUAAAUUACCUUUUCACAUAUGCAAAAAUCUGUUUCUACUACAAUGUUAUUUUUACUAAUGCCUCUUGUUGCACUCUUUUUGACAUAUCCUGCAGUGAAUAAAUAUAUGAAUCAAUUUGGGCUUAAAAAUAAAAGCCAGUUGGCUGAAAGCUUUGAAGUAUGUACCCCAGCAAAACAUCCAAUCAAUAAUUGGCAAGGAAUAUUUUCAAAAUUGUUUUUAAUCUCUGUAUAGAUGACAUUUUGUAGCUUUGUACAUGUUGUUAAUUAAGGGCAUAUAAUUUUACACUCUAAAAGUAUAAUUGCUGAACUCAGGGGUGGGUAGACUUCAAAAAUAUGUCUGCUGUAGAAAUAACUUGAAAAAAAAAAUUAAAACUAUGGCCAGCCACCAAAUUGUGGACACUGUUUAUACUAUAGUUAGCAACUACACUUUUUAAAAUUAAACACAUUUUUGUUCUUUCUUGACUAGAUACACAUAAGUUCUCAUAAUAGUCUCUAUCAGUCUGAUCAUUUGGCCUGUUUAAGACAGAAAGUGUUUUUUGGAAUGCUUUGAGCUACUCUUAGUUUUUAACUGCUUUUUAAUAUGAAAAUUGCAGCGGCAAAUUAUAUAUUUUUCAUAUUUUACACAACUGCUCUAAACUACUGAUUGACUUGAUCAUUUUCCGGGGUGGGGGUGGGGGAUCUUUCUCCGUACUGCUGGUCCUCUUACUAAAAUUCUUUUAUAAAGAAAUGACCUGUGACAUUUAUUCGCCAAAGGAAUUAAUAUACCAGGUCAAAGAUUAACAAUGCUGUCCUAUAGAUUAAUAGGUCUUAUAUAGCCUCAGUUGAGUUUUUUAAAAUAAAAGAAGCAGUAUUUUAACAUACCUCUUUCUCUGCAUAGAGAUACCAUAAAAUAAAAAGAAGUAGAGGAAAGUAAAGGAAACCAAAUAAUUUCAGUACAUUUUAUUAAAGAGAAGAUAAGAUGAAAUACCAACCAUUCAGAAUUUGCAGUAAGAUAACACCUUAUUCAUUACAAUACUCCCUUGAACUUAGGAAUUAUUGGAAACUCCUUUGCACUUAGAUUUAAUUAAGUUAAUUUUAAAUGUAAGUUACAUUAUUAAAAGACAUAAGCCGUUUACCUAAGUCAUUGCUCUUGAGAGGGCAUUUAAUGACUUUGUAAUAAUAAAAAGAAUAUUUCUCUGUAUUGUGUUGUUGAACGACAACCAGAAUACCAAGAAAAUGUACAUAGGAUUAUGCUACUUCCCUCUUCCCUUGCUCUAUGGGGCACAAUCUGCUGCAUAGGCCUGCAGAACUAUACUUUCAUAUUUAGACAAUGUGUACUCUAUUUAUUUAUUUAUUUAUUUAUUUAUUUUAAGGCCAUUCUUCUGGUUUGCCAAAUUCUGUUAAGACAGUGAUAUAUUCAUUUCCUUAUUUUGCAUGCUUAGAUCAUGAACUUGGUGCCCUUCAAAAAAAUACUUUACAUCAAGUAGGUAUUAAUGCCAUAGAUUUUAAAGAGAGAAAUGGUUUUCAGUUUUUUUAAGAUAAAUUUUUUAAAAUAAAUUUUAUGGCUGUUCUCUUAAGGAAUUUAAUAUUCACCUCUAAAGGACUUAACUUGUAGUGGAUGAAUUCCUCCUUUUAGCUAGCAAGGAAAUAAAGCUUUUUUUAAUCCCCAAAAGAAAAUGCUAAAAAUUAGCUCUUAUAUUACAGUUCAUCUGGAGAAAGAUCUUAAUCCUUAUUGUUUUGACUAGGCAUAUAAAUAUUUGGUAUAAAGUAACUAGGGUAGUUUAUUAGUUUUUCCCUUCUGAAAUUUUCAAUAUAUGCACAUAUAUAUCAUUAGAUUCCUGUGGUGAAUAAUAAUUUCUUCAGAUUCUUAAACAGGUAUCUAGUGACUGCUUAAUUAUUUCCAGAUUGCAUCAAAGAUGAACUGACAAAUAAUGGAAAUGAGUAGUGAUAUGCAAAUGGUAUGUAACCACAUAUUACUUGUUUCGGUAAUUACUUGAUCGGUAAUCAAGUCUCAUUUUUUAAAAAGCCUAUUGUUUUUGAGAAUUGAGAUAUUUAAAACUUGUUAAAGCUUCUUCCUAAAGAUAGAAGAGAAGAGGAGGUACUGUGUGUUCGGAAUUUUUUUAAAUAAAGAAUUCAGUGUCACUAGUUCUAAUCCUUUACGGUUACUGCUGCUUAUAUUUCUUGAUCUCACUUUUAUUUAGUUUCCUGUAUAUAUUUUGGCUGAAUGCUUAGGAUUUAUUAAGUGUAUAUAAAUUGGUUUUCAAAAAGAACUGAGGCUUUCCCAUAUCUUUUCUGAGGAUUCACUGUUACAAAAUCAGCUACUGCAUGAUUCUGUGUUAAUGCUAGUGCCUUUGCAUGAUUAAGAUCUGUGAAGGUGUCUCUUAAUCUGCACCCCUUGGUCCUAAUCUUCUUUGCAGUCUUUUGUUUGUUUUUCUCUCUCUUUCAUUUUUCUUUCUUCCUUUCUCUUCAAAGAUGUCCGUCCAAUAUGUCAGUCUUCAGCAGUUUCCCUAAGUUUUCCUCUCUCCUUCCUUUCCUCCUUUCCUCCCUUCCUCCCUUUCUUCCCCUUUCCUUUUCUUGAGGUUAGGGAAUCCAGAGAAGGAAGAUUACUGAAAUUACAUCAGAAAUUUUUCUUAAAGAAAAAGACUCCUUUCUACAAAUAAACUACAUAGAAUUUCUGAUGCCUUAUUUCGGUUCAUCAGUAUGUGGCUAAAUGUGUUGAAUAAUUGACUACUUGAUAAAUGAGCUGUUAACUAAGUAAUGUAGUUCUUAAAUACUAAUAUCGAGGGAGUUUUGUUUACUUUUUGGAUGGUGACUCUCCCAAAGCCUAAUCAUUGCCCAGAUGUAUUAAAUUAUUUGUUUUGGUAAAAGUGUUUUUCCAUUUAAGGUUUCUAAGCCAUUUUGAGAUUUGGAACUUUCUUUUCUUUUUUUUUUUUCCCCCAAAUGUGUGGGAGAUUUUUGUUUUCUUAGCAUAAACUACAUUAAAGACAGGCUUGUAUGCAUCAUUCCAGAGGCCCAUGGAGUCUAAAUAUGUACUUCAAACUUAGAUCUUUAUCCUUAAAGUUGAAGUUCUGCUUCUUAUGGUCCUGUAAAUGAGGUGUUUAUUGUGAUUUUAAUUCUCAAAUGUUACUGGGAUUUACAUUUAGGGAUGAAUCUCCAGAACGGUUACAUGAAUGUCUUUUUUUUAUGAAAAUUUUUUAAUAAAACAAUAUAAUAUCUGAAGACAUUUUGAAUAUGUGGAAGGAAUGCCUGAAUAGAAGCUGGUAUAUUUUAACAUGCCUAAAGAAUUGUAAUUGAGCAAGUUGAGUGCAGUUGACAGGGAAAAAGAGAAACAGUUUCUUGAUGCAUACAUUGUCAGGGUUUUGUGAAAAGUUUGCUUCUGCAGUAAUUCUAAGCUGCUUUCUCAAAGGCAAAGCAUGGUUCUGGGCUUUGGCUUGUUAGGUGUGACAUCACUUGUCAAAUUUCACGGUAAAUGGAAAGGUUGAAUAAUCCCACCUCUCUAAUUUUAAAGCCUGAAACAAGUCGAGUAAGGAAUGUGAUAGAUUGACAGACACUGUGAAAAUAAAUGCAAGUCUUUUCAUAGUUAACCACAGAUUAUUGACAUAAAUAUUGAUUAUCAGGCUCAGGGUAAAAUAAUUAUUCAAAAAGAUUAUUAUGUCAGUUAUCUAGUAGCCAAGAAGUCCAUGUUCAAGUUAAAAUGGGUUUGUUGUUUUUAGUUGGUACCAUUUUUCUCUCAAUUUUCAGAAAUACAGAUUGUGCAUUUUAUUAAUAGGAAUGGAAGCUCAUGCUUCAAGGUUUGAAUAGGGUGGAUGUAUAUAUAUUUUAUAAAUUCAAGUUGUAAAAUAUGUAAAGCUACUGCUUUUUGAAUAGAAUAUAAAUGUUAAGACAUAAAUCUAUAUAUUAUAUAUUUUUAAAUACAUGUAUCAAACUUUUGUUAGUUGAAUAUAAAUUACAUUGUGUGCUUUAUGGAAUUCAGUAACUUUUAAUAAUAAAGCAGUUGUCAUUGAUUUAUUUUAUGUAGACUUGAAUAUUAAAUUGGAUAGAUAUUAAA